AGACUUGAAAAACUACAAAUUCAAAGAAAAAAUAAUACAAGAGCUCCAAAAUAGACCUAAUCAAGACAACCACAAAUUUAUGAUUUAUAAUACUACCUUCAAGAACUUUUACUUGGAUUUCCCUAAAUACAAAAACAUACAUAUCAUUUGGCUAGUGUGGUCUACAUUCUUAUUAGCCUCUUUUUUUGGGAUAUUCUAUGUCUAUAUCUACUAUUUUGUUAUUCAGUAAAGUUGAUUGAUUUAACUUUAGCCAUAAAACUUGCUUGUAACAAAAAUCUAGAGCUUUUCACAAACAGUAUAAUAAGUGAAGCAACUUAUUUAAUAAAUUUACAUAAAAAUAACUAAAUUAUAAAAUUUAAUAUAAAAAUGUAACAAAUAUUUUUAUCCAUUAUUAGUACAUACAAAUAUAUAUAAGAUUAAUUAAAAUACAAUCAUAAAUCCUAUCAUUUUAUAAAAAUAAGGAGUAUUUAAACCAUUUUUAAUCUUUAUUUUAGAUAUUACAUUUAUUAAUUAAUUAAUUACAGAAAAGAUAAAAUUAUCUUAGAUUCAAAAAUAACUAUCAAAUUCAACAAUAUUAAUUUAUAAUUUAAUCUUAAAUAUUAUAAAAUAAUAAUAAUAACAAUAAUCAGGGGGUUAUAAAUUAUGCUCAACCUUUUUCUAAAUGAUCAUUGA